AUGUUCAAUCCAACGACCGCCCGUCUGCCUCAGGGUAGCACCAUCUACAUCACUGGUGUGACAGGAUACAUCGGCGCCUGGAUCACGCAGUAUGCUCUCGAACUUGGGUACAACGUCCGCGGCGCAGUUCGCUCUCUCGAGAAAGCAGCUUGGCUACAGGAGCAUUUUAACUCCAAAUUCGGGCCAGGGCGAUACACCCAAGUCCUCCUCCCAGAUUCAUCUGACUUGAAGGCGUUCAAAGAGGGUAUCAAGGGCGUUCAAGGUAUUGCCCAUGUCGCAGUCAAUACCAACCGUUCUACCGAAGCCGAACCCUAUAUUCCCGACAUGGUCAAUGAAACCAUCAACAUCCUGAAGGCCGCUCAAGCAGAAGCAUCAGUCAAAGCCGUUGUCUUCACUUCCACUGCUUUGGCUUCCUCAGCCUGGGGCGAAAAAGGUCAUUUCAAGGAGUGGCAAUACAAUGAAGACUUCAUCAAGUACGCCUACGAUCCCAACUUUCAGCACCCUUCGAAGGGUUUCAUCGUGUACGGUGCUGCCAAAGCAAUGUCAGAGAAAGCAGCAUGGAAGUACAUGCAAGACGAAAAGCCGCACUUUACUUUCAACACUAUUCUCCCAAAUGCCAACUUUGGACCCUCGCUAGUUUACGAGAAGCAAGGACAUGCUUCUACAGGAGGCUUUCCUAAAGCCGUCUUUGACGGUGAUGAAGCCAUUGUCAAGGGCGUGGUACCCAUGUAUCAUAUCGACGUUCGCGACGAUGCGAGGCUGCAUGUCGCUGCUCUCGUCGACCCGCAGACGGCUGGCAGACGGCUGUGGGGAUAUGGCGAGCCCUUUCAUUGGAACAUUGUACUCGGUAUAUUCCGCAAGCUUUGGCCUCAGAGAAAGUUCCUCGACGAUGUUCCAGGCUUAGAGUUGGAUGAUAGUGUGCCGCCGACCGAGGGCGCACUUAAAGCGCUCAAGAAUGUGUUCGAUCAAGAUGGUUGGACUUCGCUUGAGAAUUCUCUGAAGGACGCUGGGCUAGAUCGGGAACCACCAGCUGGGUCGCAGAAGAUAGAUAUCUUCAAUUAA